AACUUACUCGGCCAAGCAACAGCUGCAGAGCUUACAAUUCCUCAAAGACAGGUAGUUCGCAUCAAGUUCAUUUAGUAUUUGUGUGGAAGUGUUGGAUGCAAUAUUGUGUACUAAAUAACGAAAGUGCACGAAUACAAAUACUAGUUCGGUUUUGUUUGGAUUCUCAUUUAUGCAUUCCAUUCUAAUUGCCCAUGGAAAAUGCAAACGCUGCAAGAAACUAAUUAAUAAAGAAAGACGAGCGCAGUCCAUUAAUUGUAAAUCCUGCGCACAGGUUCACCUAUUGUCAACGUUUUGUUCACCGAUUCAACGUUCGACAGCUAAAUGAAGUGUAUCGUAAAAUGGCCGCGAACGAAAAGCCAAAUAAUCGCGACGAGCAGCGCGCUCCGACUGGAGCGAAACAAAAACAAACAAAAGGGAAACGAGACAGCGGCCACCGUCGGCAAUUCUAAUCCGGCAAUUGGCAAUCCAGCCGCCGUCAUAUCGCAGCGAUCCGCGCUAUUAGGCGGGCACUGCGCGCGCGCGCGCGCGCGCGCGACAAUCGAUACGACAACGAUCGCAAGUUAGCGGCGGCUCUUCGCUGGGCACGCAAAGCAGCGCCGCUGCGCAGCGCCGAGUGCACCGAGGAGAGCCGAACGGUCGUUGCGAAGCUGGACCGGGCGGAGCCUGAAGCCCCGCCCAUCCAAUAGCUCCUCUCGACGGCCCAUUUCCCCGUUCUUGCGCGUCCGGUCGUCGUCGUGGUUCGGCUCCCUUCGGUCUUCAGUCUACCACGAACAGUCUACACGGUGCGCACGCCGAUCGGUCUCUCGUCGUUCGUCUGGCAUUCGCUCCCAGCAUGCCCCAGUGCUAAUUAGUUGUUCAGUGCUCGUACAGUGAAUCAGACGGUUAAGGCGAAGAGCUUCGACGAUGAUGGGCUCGCAACACUUGGGCCUAUUCGGCGGCAUGGACUUGCACAGCAUAGGCCAGCCGAGCAAUCAGUGGCAGCAGCAGGCGGCCGCAGUGGCGCACCAGCAGCAACUCGCCGCCGCAGCUGUGCAGCAGCAGCAGCAGCAGCAGCAGCAGCAUCAUCAGCAUCAACAGCAGCAGCAUCAGUUGCACCAUCACCACGCGGUCCACGCGCACCAGGCGCAGCAGGAGCAGCACAUCAAACGGCCCAUGAACGCGUUCAUGGUCUGGUCGCGCAUCCAGCGCAAAAAGAUCGCCCUCGACAACCCGAAGAUGCACAACUCGGAGAUCUCGAAGCGGCUGGGCGCCGAGUGGAAGAUGCUGUCGGAGCCGCAGAAGCAGCCAUUCAUCGACGAGGCCAAGCGUCUGCGCGCCAUGCACAUGAAGGAGCACCCGGACUACAAGUACCGCCCUCGACGGAAGCCUAAGCUGCCGGUGUCCGUGCAGGGUGGCAAGGCCGGCCCGGGGUUGCCGGGCGCCGCCGCAGCCUUUCCCGGCUUCCUACCGCCCUACUUCAGCGCUACGCCGACGCUCGACUAUCCCAGUCUGCCCAGCUACUUCGGCUCGGCCUUCGACCCCGUCAACUUCGGCAAGCUGGUGUCGGCCGGCUCGGCGGCCGCGUCGCAGCCGCAGCCCGCGUCCACCACGGCCGCGGACGUGGCCAACAACAACGCGGCCAUCGUCAGCAGCUUCUACACGAGCUUGUACAACAGUCCGGCCGGCGUCGCCGCCGUGGCUGCCACGCACCAGGGCAAGCCCUACCCGACCUCCUCGCUAUUCUCGGGGGCCGCGGCCGCCGCGCACCACCACCCCAUGUCCAUGUUCGCGGCGCAUCCCGGCAGCAGUCCCGGGAGCAGUCCCGGCUCGUCGACGCCCGUCUCGUCGGGGCACGCCUCGUCCACCUCGCCCACUGCGCCUUCGCUCGACCUCGACGUCCAGCUGAGGCGGCCCGUCGCCGUGCACUUUUAAAGUCCGGUGCCGAUCCCCAGUUGCGAGUGUACAUAUGAAUUAAGGUUAUAUUUAUUUAUAUAUUUCUAAAGCGGUGAGCGCGGUUGUCUGUGAUUCUUUUGACGUAUGACUCUUGCGAGCGAAGACGACGAAGCGUGCGCGCCUACAAUUGUAUAAAAUUGCAUUAUUAACGUGACAUUGACGCGAUCGUGUGCGCCUGCCUGCGGAUUUCCUCUUCGUUUUUACGCGUCUAAUGUGCUACGACAAGAUUUGUACAUUUACGUUUAUCAUCAUUACCAAAAACGCCUGUCAAUGUUUAUGCGCUCAACGAUUCUUCGUCUUCAGUUAUUUUGCGAUACCUCAAUUAUGUAUAUAAUAAUCAUAAUUUCCCUUACCGUUGAACGGAACGAUGUAGCGAUCGCCGUUGUGUAAAUAUUACCACAACAGUAAUGGUAUUAAUCAUAUUGUCGUCUCGACUGCAGCAGAAUAACCCUUUAAUUAAUGCCACUAGUCGUAAGCGAGCGUAUAUAAGGUGUGUCAAAAACUAGUUAUGUGCAGAUUACUGGACUGUUUGGACUCCCCCGAUUUCUUCUUUAGACGUUACAUUUUUUGCUAAUUCCACGUCUGUACAUUGUAUUUGUUACAAUAAAUUGUUAUAUACUAUUCGUAUUCAUACGUACGAAUAGUCUUUGCUUAAA